AUGUCUGAUUUAGUAAAUCAUUUACAAACAGAAUUGAGCAAUCGACACGCGAAUUUUGUUUCACAAGCUGUUAUUUCUUUCAGCAAACAUCACGAUCGCGUCCUUCAAUCGUAUAUCAUUGAAUGCCAAGCCAAAGAAACAAUUCUUCAGCAUUACCAGAAAAAUCAGUCUAAACUUCAGGGUAUUCAGAAAUUGUAUCAAGACUCGUCAAAGACACUUUCCCUGUUACUAUCCGAGUUCAAGCAGAUUUCUUCUAAAAUAGAAGAAAUUGAAACUGAAGAAGAAAAACUCUUACAAGAAAACUGUACCGUUAAUGAUUUUCAGCAACGCGUAGAUUGCUUUCAAGUCACUGUAAGAGACCACUGUCAAGCCUCUCGAGAGAAGCUUAACCGUGCUAUGGAGAAACUCAAAUCAUCUGAAAGCUCUGCUCAGAAAGCCCUAUUGGAAAACCUUUGA